AUGUCAAACAAAGCAUUAAUCAGCUCAGUUCUAGUUAAUAUGUUACCAACUUUUUCAACUGGUUCAAAUUCCUUUUUUUCAAGAUUUGUGAUGAUCAGUACUAUCUUUGUUCUUUUUAUCACAUUUUUACCAUAUGCUUCCUCUUCACCUACACCCUCAUCCAUUUCAAUGGAAUCUAACAACAAUAAUAAUAUUGAUAACAAAAUUGUUCAUGAUUCAAAUGCAUUUAUGUUUAAUCCAAAUAAUUAUCAAACAAAUUUACAAGAUGAUUCAUCGGCACCAUCAUCAGCAUCAUCCGUCCAUGAACAACAAAUUUCUGCACCAUCAUCACCAAUCUGGUUUGGACAACCACGUACACAAGCUAAUCAAUUUUUAAUGUCGCAUGUCAACGAUAAUGAUAUCAUUGUACCAAAAUGGUUUGUACGACAUAAUAAUAAUGAUGACGAUGAUGAUGAUGAUGAGAUCAAUGAUUAUAUUCCAUCUGGUAUUGUAGUCAACAAACGAUCAUCAUAUUUUAAUGCUGGAGGACAUCAAACAUUAAAGAAGCGUAAACAACAAGCAAAACCACCUAUGGAAGUGAUGAAUGAAAUUGUCAAUUCCAUUUAUCUUUAA